AUGGAUACCCAACUAAAAGAGAAAAAAGAAGAAUUGAGCAUCACGAAUCUCAGUUUGACGCGGUUGGCCCAGCAAAAUAAGGUCCUCGAUUUACAGAUCCAGGAGAUUACAAACUCGGGCAACGCAAAUGUGUGGGAGAGCUGUGGAAAGACAUUCUUGACAACAAAGUCUGAGGACUACAUCUCCAAAUUGAAGCGGCAAAUGAAUGACAAUAAAGACUCCAUUAAUAGCCUGGAAAAAAAACAAAAUUACCUCGAAACAACGGUGAGGACCACUUACGAUAACAUGCGCCAGCUACUGGGGCCUGAGGCCGCCACCAAAUCUGCAUAA